AUGAUGUUCCUCUUCCCCCACGUGCUGCAAGUUGUCAGUGCUGCAGAAAGUUGUCACACAACAAACGGUCUCAUAGCGUGGUACCAACAUCCUUGCAAGCUAGACUGCAGUACCACCACAGCUCCCUUCGAUGACAGCACCGUCACAUUCUGGAACCUGUGGAUGAAGGUGACAGUUCCCUGCAUGCUAUGGGGGUUUGGAACCGCCGUUGGCGAGCUGCCCCCGUACCUUGUGUCCAAGGCAGCUCGAAUGUCUGGAUCCACCGAUGAGGAAUUCGCAAAGGAAAUGGAGGAGGCGAAGAGCAAGACUGAUGUCUUCAAUCGCAUGAAGCUGUGGACCGUGAACUUCACGGAGAAGCAUGGCUUUCUUGGCAUCUUCCUUCUAGCGUCCUGGCCCAAUGCUGCCUUCGACAUGUGUGGCAUGUGCUGUGGCUACUUACUCAUGCCCUUUUGGACCUUCUUCAUCGCCACCGCACUAGGCAAAGGCGUGGUCAAGGUCAAUGGUCAAGCUGUUGUUUUUGUCAAUCUCUUCGGGUCCACUGCCUUCCAGGUAAUGCUUACGGGUUUCGACUACCUCAACGGUCUGGUGGAGGCUGUCUCCGGCCAAAACUUCCAGAUCAGCGUGAAGGUAGCCGCUCUUCGAGCAAAGCUCCUGGCAAAAUUUAAGCAGCAGUCCAGAUUCGCCCCGGAGCACUUGUUCAGCCGCGACGACGACAAGAGACUCGUGCUGGAGGAAGUCCUGCACUUGUAUCACACAGAGGACAAGGCUCACGAAAUUGCAGACCGAGUCAUGGAGGCGUGGGACAAGAACGGUGACAAGGCACUUGAACUGUGUGAGAUUGAGUUGGCCGCUUCUCGAACAGACGGGAAAGUGUCUUUGUCGUCGCUCGACCCUGGUGCCCCCACAAGCUUUCUCAAGGUGUGCUGGGAGCUUUUCAUCGUGUGUCUCAUAUUGUACUUCGUGGUUUCCAUCAUGAACCAGAUGGCCCAAUCAAAGCAAGCCGAGUAUGACGAGGCCAAAGUCGAAGAGUUGCGGCGGAAGGGUGACAAAAAGAAGUGA